AUGUCUAUCCUCGUUGUUACCCUGACACUGAUCAUCGGCUAUUUAGCUAUUGUAUUCAUCCAAAAGAGAAAAGCCAUAGUACAGCACCUCCGUAUUCGAAGGGCUUUAGAACAAUUUCCAUGCCCUCCAAAACAUUGGUUGUUAGGCAAUUUAGUACUGCUGGGAAAGCCAGAUGAAAGACAUAUCCAACUGAAGGAGCAUUACGUUAAAAGUUUUAAGACUUGUAGCGUUUAUUGGCUGUCUAUAUUUCCUAUUUUAUCCAUUAAUCAUAGCAAAGCUGCAAAAGCGAUUAUAAAAGCAUCGGUGCCCAAAGGAAGUUGGAUAUAUGCGUGGGUUAGACCUUGGCUUGGACGAGGAUUAAUAUUCGAAAAUGGUAACAGAUGGAAGAGAAAUAGGAGAUUAUUAACUCCUUCAUUUCAUUACGAACGACUUCAAUCUUAUUUAACUGUUUUCAAUCAAUGUACUGACACUAUUAUCCAAAAAUGGACAGAACGGAGUCAAAAUAACCAAAGUUUUAAUGAGUUCGAAGAUUUAACGCUACUAUCAUUCGAUUCCCUUUUGCAAUGCGCCUUUUCAGUUAAGAUUCACUGUCAAACAAGUGGUAAAAAUCACCCUUAUGUGGCCGCGAUACACAGAUUGACUCGGUUGAUUACUGAUCGAGCAUUUACAUUGCUUCAUUAUAUCGAAUGGAUCUAUCGGUUAUCUUCCAAAGGUCGAGAAUUUUCUCAACUCUGCCAUUUUGUACAUCAAUUCGUAGAAGAGAUUAUUGAAAAGAGAAAAAAAGAAUUAGAAAACCAAGAGCAAAAUAAUCGAAAAGAACACUAUGAUUUCUUAGAUGUUCUAUUAACAGGACGCGAUGAAGAUGGCAAUGGUUUAACAGUUCAAGAAAUUCGCGAUGAAGUGGAUACCUUUAUGUUUGCAGGCCAUGAUACUACUGCCAGUGCACUCAGUUGGACAUUUUAUUGCUUGGCAAAAUAUCCUCAUUAUCAAGAAAAAGUUCGCCGCGAGGUUGAUGUCUUUAUGAGCCAUAAAAAUGACGUUGAAUGGAAUGAUUUAUCCGAAAUGAAUUAUACCACUAUGUGUAUAAAGGAGGCUUUACGCUUGUAUACUGUUGUGCCUGUUGUAGAAAGGAGAAUGGACCAAGACAUGAUCAUUGAUGGUAAAUUGGUUCCUUCUGGCACUAUUAUCAAUCUUGAAUUAUAUUGUAUUUGUCAUCGUGAGGAGAGUUGGCCUAAUCCUAACGACUACGACCCGGAUCGUUUUUCUAUAGAAAAUAUAAACAAUCGCGACGCAUUUGAAUAUUUACCAUUUUCGGCUGGCCAAAGAAAUUGCAUAGGCCAACAGUUUGCUAUGAACGAAAUCAAAGUAGUCGUUGCUAAAAUAAUCCAUCACUUUUACUUGGAGAUUGAUCCGAAUUACGAUGUUAAGCCCUAUCAUUCUAUUGUAAAUCAAACUGAAACUGGAUUAUGGAUUAAGGCCAAGAAAAGAUAUUUUUAG